UAUGUCAGUCAAAUUGAAAAUAAUUUUAAGCUUUUUCUCGUGUUUUUUAUCCCAUUCCUUGAGCGAGGAGACAAGUGGUGUCUACUUCACUAAAUUUGAGAACCACCAGCUCGAAGGAAAUGUAAUCGAGAAAGUAAAAUCGACAGAUGUUCUCGAUUGCUGCUUAAGAUGUAAGCGCUUAACAGAGUGUUCGUCGAUAAACUUUGCAUACAAACCCGAGAACGGCUUUCAUGGAUGUGUUUUGAUGAAUAGAGAUGUAUCAAAAGUGACCCCAUCAAAAGUGUAUCAUCACUUUGCUCGAUUGGUUGAUAAUUGCACAGAUAUCGUGUGUGAAAAUGGCGGAACGUGCAGAAAAUCGACAUCUAAUGGCGUCCGUUGCCACUGCCUGCAAGGGUUCACGGGAAAACGGUGUGAAACAAAAUACAACUGGUGGCUCAAGAUCAACUCAAAUCCUGUCUGCUUUGGAACUAAAAACUCCUCCUACGGACACUUCCACAUCAAACAAAAUGGAACAGUGACGACAAUCCAGCUGAAACACCUCUCUGGUUUAAUGACCUGCAAUAAAGAAAGCCUUCAAACAAAGCGUAGCAAUUGGGGCUGUGGUGAAAAUGUAUUGUACACGAUCCUCACAGACAGCCAAGACCGAAGGAUUCUCCCACAAGAUGAGUUUAUAAUUUACUUUCCGUGGUUGCAGUAUUUACUUCCAGGCGUAAACAGAAACUCGACGGAGCUUACUUUUAAAUCCUUCUCGACGCCGAUGAAUGUAACCGCUGGUCAAGAGUAUCGUAUUUGGUUCGGUCAAGAUCUGACUAAUACGACAGAGAAAAACAAUGAUGGAUCUUCGUGUGUUGAUGUGUAUAUGAAUGGGUGGUUUAGAUAAUGUCUGAAAAUGGAUGUAUGGAGAUGGAUGGAUGGAUGGA